AGUGAAUUCAUCACACCCAUCCCAACACUCUCAGUUACAGUUAAAACUUUGUGGCGCACAGAGAAUGGAUUAAUUCUGAGAACUGAUUAUUGUUCUCUAAACUGAAAGUACUUUCAAAGGAAUCUCGCAGGUGGAGACUGAAAAUAAAGACAAACUGAAAAUGGCAGAAAGACUUUCUGAUAUACGGAUUGUGCUGUUGGGCAACACUGGAUCAGGAAAAAGUGCAUCAGGAAACACCAUCCUGAAUGAAGACCUUUUUGAUGCGAAAAACUCUACAGGAUCAGUUACAGAAAACUGUAUCAAACAAGAAGCAAUUGUGGAUGGACGCAGCAUAUCAGUUAUUGACUGUCCAGGUCUGUUUGACACUCGAGAUCAGAGUAAAGAAAUGCUGCGACAUGUAACGAGGCAGUGCAUGAACCUAUCUUAUCCUGGGCCUCAUGCAUUUCUGCUGGUCAUGAAACUGGGUGUGAAAUUUACAGAGCAGGAGAAGAAUGUUAUAAAAUGGAUUCAGGAGAACUUUGGAGAAGAUGCCAUCAACUACACCAUCAUUCUGUUCACUCAUGCUGACAAGCUGAACAGCAAGCCUAUAGAGACAUAUAUUGGUAAAAGCAAUGAGCUAAUGCAAUUGAUCAAGGCCUGUUGGGGAAGAUAUCACUCAUUCAACAAUGAGAACAGAAAUAAUCGAGAUCAGGUCACAGAACUUCUGCAAAUGAUACGUAAAAUGGUUCUUUUUAAUGGAGGAAAGGAGUAUGCUUUUCAGAUAUAUAAAUAAAAGUUAAGCUAAAAGCUCAGCUUUAAAAGAUUGCACCGAGUAGCAUUUUGUGACGGUAAAACUACGUUUCUGUAAAUUAGAUCAGAUUAACAAGCAGAAUCACAUUUUUGAGAUUUGCUGCCUUUUUUUGCUUGCCUUUAUCACAUGGCACACAAUAUACAAUAACAUUCACAGUAAUGUUAAGAAAAAUUUUAUCACAUAAUACAGAUUUUUUUUGUAUGUUUCCGCCUUUCAUUUAUUUUAAACAGCUGAUAUUUUCCACUUAAAGUCCAUUAAAGCACUGGCACUAGAACGUGAUUGUAUUUUGUCCUUAUAAACCUGUGAAAUGUAUUUAAAUGAUGUACAUUAUUCCCCAGUGACCCAUGCUUUGUGCCAAAUAUGAAGCAUGAUGUAUCAGAUUAAACACAAAAUAAAGCCUUUUGCAUAACUGAA